UCCCUUGUUCACUAUCUUCUCGGAGCCUGCGUUUCAACCCGACGUUGAAGAGCGAAGACUGAACUGCGAUUCCAGAUUGAGAUUUCGUGAGAUGAGUGAGUGAGUGACCGAGAAUCUUCCAGAGUGAGUGAAGGAAAUGGGCGCACUUUGCGGUUUCCGCGAUACGUGGGAUAGCUUCUCCGACCGGUGUUUUGGCCACUUCCCCUGCCUCUCCGAUCCCGUUCGGAGAGCUACGCUGGGGUUGAAAGUAGCGUUGGUUAUGCUGCACGUGGUCUACGCCGGUGUUCUAUUUAUUAUUAACAAAGAUUUGGUUGAGAAAACGCGACAAGAGCCAUGGUAUACAGCGAUGUAUUUAUCAUUGUUUAUUGUUACACUGGCUCAGUAUUUCAUCACUUCUGGCUCCUCUCCUGGGUAUGUUCUUGAUGCAAUGAGGGCUGUGAAUGAGGCAGGUGCCUUGUCUAAUAGGAUGUCAGUGGCCUCAAAGCAACCUGCUUCAAGCAAAAAUGGCAGUGUAGUUAUUACAAUUGAUCAGAGCAAGGUGGGCAGAGAUCUUUUGGAUAGUAAUGCGACAUCUUGGACAAAGCUUGUGAUGGAUAUGUACCCCCAUGGAACAUCUGUUAGAACUGUGACAUGCACUUACUGUAAUGCCCUGCAGCCCCCACGAACUAAACACUGUCAGGAUUGUGACAAAUGUGUUCUCCAGUUUGAUCAUCAUUGUGUUUGGCUUGGGACAUGUAUAGGGCAGGGUAACCAUUGCAAAUUUUGGUGGUACAUUAGUGAGGAAACCGCCUUGAGCAUUUGGACUGGCAUCUUAUACAUUCAAUACCUCAAGUCUAAUAUAUCAAAGCCCUGGUGGAUAUACACAUUUGUGAUAUUGUUGUUAGCUGUUUUAUUCGUAUGCCUCGUGUUUUUGCUUCUCCUCCUACUUUUCCAUAGCUACCUUGUUUUGACAAACCAGACCACCUACGAGCUUGUAAGGAGGCGACGCAUCCAAUAUUUAAGGGGGAUCCCUGAAAGAGUGUUUCCAUUUAGCAAAGGAGCAUGCAGAAACUUGUACGACUUUUGCUGCGCUCCAAGCAACAUAUACAGGAUGGAACCACUACCAACAGCGCGGGAAAUUGAAGAGAAGUCGAGACCCUAUACUUGCUUAGAUAUCUUGUCUUGUCGCUGCUGUUGUUAAUAGCUCGCCCCAUCUACCCCCCUUGUUACAAAAUGUUCCCCUCGGAUGUACUUUUGUUAUUUGUCGCCCCCUGGCCUGCCACACACCAUGUGCCUCAAAUAUGCUUGUGUAUUUCCCUAUCUGUAUUUGUCACACAAUUCUUUGGAGAAAUGAUAAACUGAUUGCUUCCUUUGCUUUAGAA